CACUCGCCUCCCUCCCGCCCGCCCUCCCGCCCGGGCCCGGGCCCGGCCGGCGCCUGCGAGGCCGCUCCCGCGGCGCGGCCGGCCGGGAAGCGGGCGCGGGGCCGCGGUGCGGCUCUUUGUGCGCGGGGCCGAGGAGCGGCGGGACCCGGGCCAGGCCGCCGCCUGCUCGCCGCCGCCGAGCUCCGGGCCCGAAGCCGAGGAGGGGGCGUCGGGGCCCCAUCUGGACCUCCGCUCGGCGGCGCUCCGCCGGCUCCAUUUUGUGCGGGGAGCCGGACGUGGGACGCGGCCCGGACUUUGGCCCCGACCCUGCCCCUUGGCCUGGCCGCCGCGCGGGGGUCCCCAGGGAGCGCCCCCCUUACGCCGCCCGUCCGCGGGGGCAUGGCGGGGCCGGGCCGCUUUGUCCGCCCCGGUACCCCGGGCGCCGCGGGGCGGGCCGGCGGCAGGCGUUGGACGCGGGCCCGGGGCCUGGGCCGGGCGGGCCGGGGGAUGCGCGCCGGGGGCGUCCGCAGCGCACGGGCGGGACUGACAGGUCGGCCGGGCGGUGGGGUGCGGGCCAGCCCGGGCGCCUCCGCUGGGGAGUGAGCGAGGUCCCCGGGAGGAAGGAACGGAUUUGGUUUCCCCGCAGUCUGGUUCACACGUAAAGAAUGCAGCCAUCUGGCGGCUUGCGGUCCCUGGACUGGCCCCGAAGGUGCAAAACUCGAUUUGUUAAUGCCAAAGACUGGAGGGUGGAAGAAGGGUCUGCUGCUUUUCUUGGAUACAAAUUUGCAUUUCUUCAAACAAACAGAUGUUGAAAUUGGGAAAAGAUUAAACACCUAUUUGGACAGGUGUUCUUGAACACUGACAACACAGUUCUGACAGUAUUUCAUGACAUUUGAACCAAGACAUUGUCUAUUGUGGAACUUCUGUGAGACAUCAAAGACAUCAAAAUUUGCAGCAGGGUUUGAUUGGAAUAUCAGCAGGAGAGCUGAUAGCCAAGCAAUGGAGAGAGGUGAUUUCAAGAUGGAUGGUGAUAGUUCUACAACAGAUGCUUCUCAACUGGGAAUUUCUGCAGACUAUAUUGGAGGCAGUCAUUAUGUUAUACAGCCUCAUGAUGAUACUGAGGACAGCAUGAAUGAUCAUGAAGACACAAAUGGUUCAAAAGAAAGUUUUAGAGAACAAGAUAUAUAUCUUCCAAUUGCUAAUGUGGCAAGGAUAAUGAAAAAUGCCAUACCUCAAACAGGAAAGAUUGCAAAAGAUGCCAAAGAAUGUGUUCAAGAAUGUGUGAGUGAGUUCAUAAGCUUUAUAACAUCUGAAGCAAGUGAAAGAUGCCAUCAAGAGAAACGCAAGACAAUCAAUGGAGAAGAUAUUCUCUUUGCCAUGUCUACCUUAGGCUUUGACAGUUAUGUAGAACCUCUAAAAUUAUACCUUCAGAAAUUCAGAGAGGCUAUGAAAGGAGAGAAAGGAAUUGGUGGAACGGUCGCAGCUACAGAUGGACUGAGUGAAGAGCUCACAGAGGAGGCAUUUACUAACCAGUUACCAGCUGGUUUAAUAACUGCAGAUGGCCAACAACAAAAUGUUAUGGUUUAUACAACAUCGUAUCAACAGAUUUCUGGUGUUCAGCAAAUCCAGUUUUCAUGAUCUGAAGACAUGAUAGAAUGGGGAGUGUACAGAAGGAAGUCUGUAUGAUUCCAGAACACAGACAUUAGAAGGAAAUGACUGGUGAAGACGUCUCUUUGUAUAUUAAGUAGCUGUAAUGUAGCUUCCCGAUGCUUGACUAAUUGAGGUGUUAAUUCUGACUUGAGAAUCUUUUUCAUGAGUGAUUUUAAAGAAAAAUUUGGAUUUUAAAGGUAUUAAAAUAUUUUUGUUUUGUACGAGAGUUUGUUGCUCUGUAUGACUCCUGUAUGCAUUGUAUAUUGCAAUUUAUUACUGUCAGAGAUUUGUAGACAGUUUCUUAUUUUCAUAUUGAAUCAUGUUACUUUUGUAAUUCAAGUAAGCAGCUGGGUUAAUUCAUGAUGUUUGCCCUUUUAAUAAAGUAUAAGGGUAGAGUUCA